CAACAACAAAACACGGUGACCGUGUUGCUAGAAAACUGUCGAUGUGUAGGUGUGCACUGAAUAUUAUGCGUAAACUCAGCUGUGGCCGUGCCAAUAGCCUGAAUCAUACAAAAUGGCAGCCAUCACAGACGAUGAAGUGAUUUGUAAACGUCUCCUAAUUGAAGGGGAAAGUGGUGGAGAUGAUCGAAGGAUAAGCACUUUACUUAAGAUGUUUAUCAAGUGGUGUACAACAGAUUUGAAUGAAGAGGAAUGUUGUUCCACAUACCAGAAGAUGUUGUCUACCCUUGCACAGAUUGAGUUCACGAUGGAAAAGACGCAGCUAAUUCACGACAUGAAUGCCAAAGAAAUGGCGAGUUAUGAGCAACUGUACAAGACAAUAGAAAGUAAAAUGGAUGAGGCACAAGAUGCUAUAAGUGCAAGUAAAGAUGAGUUGCAGAAAGCAAAGCGUGUUCGUAGAAACAGACAGGAGUACGACGCCCUCGCCAAAGUAAUCCAGAAACAACCUGAUAGGAAGGAAACUAUGAAGAAAUUAAAAGAACUGGAUGAAAACUUAACAGGUUUAAAUGAAAACAAGAUAUCAUUGGAACAAAAGCUUGAGAGUAGACAGAAGCAGUUCCAUGUUCUCAUCAACUCGUUGCUCGAGCUCCAGAGAAUUCUACAAGAGGAUGAGAAGUCUUCAGAGGAAACAUUGAAUAGUACCCUGGACAGCUCCAUGGAUGCAUCUUGAAGGAUUAUUAGAGAAGUUUUGAUGGUGGAACUUGCUCUAGCAAAGAUCUAUGGACACUUCUUUGAAGUAUGGAUGGUCACAUGUAACAUUAAUAGUGUACCACUCACCUAUGAGUGCUUUUCAGUUUGGAAACUGAUUCUUUGAAAGAUCUACUGUAUAGAGACUUCUUUAAAUUAUGGUCUGUCUGGUUAAUUAGUAUUUAUGACGGCUAAGGUGACAGAACCAGAGUUGGAAAAAGAGGUUCACCUUCUUUCCUGGCAACAAGCAAACAAUCUCUAACUAUGAAAUCGUGCCACAAAUGGUACAGUAAAUAAGGAAACAACCCAAUGUUUCCACCUUGGACCUAAGGUCCUUGAUUGGCACUUUGCAUCUCACAGCAAAAACAUUCAAUGUCAAAUAUUGUAGAGAAUGUGACAAAAAUCUAACAGAAAAACUUUAGGGAAAAAAAGCUCUUCGGAAAUUUAACAUUUUAAAAAACUUGUAUGGUCUCAUGGGAAUUGACACUGAUGAAAGGUUUUUGAGGGAGUUUAAAAUCUUACUGAACUAAAUUGUCUGAAUGCGUAUGAUAGUCUGCAAAUACUCACUGUACAGACAACCUUGAUCUGUAUCACAGACUAGAUAAUAAAUUGAAAAAUUUAAGCAAGAAAUGGCAGAGUUUUCAGAAAGAUAUCUCAGAAUCAUAAUAUCAAUAUCAAUGACUCAUUGGUGUCUUCGGAGUUUUCAUAUCGUCUCUAGAUAAUUUUGUUGUACAAAGUUAGGACAUAUAUUGUAAACAGCUAUGAUGGAAGUCUUCAUUAUAUGUGUAUACCAAGAAUUUGUUAAUAAAAUGACAUGUCACCAAAG